GAUAAUAUAAAUGGCAAUAUAGAAGAACUCUUAAGUAUUGAUUUUGAAACUAGCAAUACGAUGGCCGAAAUGAUAGAGAGCUCAGAGCGUGAUAAAAAUGAUACGAUGGAAAAUUUUACCAAUUCAGUUUCAGCACCUGACACUCAUGAGGAACAUGUAACAGAUCUAAAUUCUCGUAUCACUGUUCUUGAAAAUCACUUGAUAUUUCUUGUACAACAUAUAAAAACUUUAUAUUCAAGCAUUAAAUAUUUAAGCUUUGAUAAUUUGACUGAGAGCCCGAAACAUGACAUAAGUGGCAAUAUUAAAGAAGAACUUUCAGGUGUUAAUUUUGCAACUUGCAAAAUGAUGGCGGCCAAGACGGCGAAUUUGAAACAUGACACUACGGAAGAAUUCCAAAGUGUUGAUUUUGAUGCACAAUCUACUUAUAAAAUGACACAUGUCGAGAUAGUAAAUUCAGAAAAUAAGCGAAAUAAUACUGUGGAAAAACUCCAGAAUACUGAUUUUUGUGCACAGUUCACUUGCAAAAUGAUAACUUCCGAAAUAAAGAGCUCGGAACAUAGUGAAAAGAAUAUGGGAGAACUCUCCAAACCCGAUAUUAGUGCACAAUUUACUCAUAAAUUGUUGGAAGAAGCUACUGAUAUAAAUUUGAAGAUAAGAAGAAAGGCCCUUAAUAAAAUUCUUAAAAUUGUGGAUGAUAACAAGCAAAUUGGAUCAAACUUGGGUGAUCUUCCCCGAAUUCUCAAGUUACGUCUUUCUGAUAAUAAUGUGAAUCUACAAAUUAUAUCAUUGAACAUUUGUGGUAAAAUUGCAACUGCCAUGGGAGACCCAUUCAAAAAAUACGCAACAACGUUCAUUAAUUCAGUUAUUGAAAUUUUGCAAAAUAAAAAAAAUGUCAUUGUCCGCGAACAUGCUAUUGAUUGCUUAAAAUGUUUUGCUUCUGCUAUUGGAAUUUCUUCUGUUGAGAAAAUUUUAAUUACUAGAAAUGCUCUAUUGCAAAAGGAUUUACAAGUUUGGCUCUCUAAUCCUCCCAAAGAUGCAAAUGAAAAAAACAAAUUGCACAAGUUACAAGAACACAAAGAAGACAUAAGAGUAACUGACCAUGAUUUUAAGUUAAGGGAGUACGGAGGUCAUAAAGGUGAUGUAAAACAAAGAAAUGUUGCAGUUAGUUUAUCAUAUAAUACCAAGUCUCUGUCUAAAGAAAAAGAUAUCAAAGAGCUGGGUCAAAAAUCAAAUUUCAAAGAUAAAAAAAAUCGUGAACUAUCAAUAUUACCUAAACCAACUGGAUCUCUUGCAAUGCAUCCUGACAAGAAGAAGAAAUCUAUAAAUAUAGAAUAUUCUAUUCCUAAUAAUAAGAGACCAACGACGGCAAAUUCUUCUGGAAUACCACCAACCAACCAAGGUACUUCUGGACGUGACUCAUUAUCCUUGGUAAAGGUAGACCUAUCUAAAAUUAUGAACUCUGAACAUCAACAAUGCAUUAGAACAUUGGAACAGUUGAAUAAACAGUUGAAAAUGUCUCCUGAAUUCGCUAUUUCAUACGUACUUGAACUUGUUAAUGUCCUAACUAAUAAAAUAAGGGUGUCAUACACGCAACUUAAUUUACAAUCACGAACAAGUAUUCAAUUGUACAAGAAUUUAAUAAACACAUUAAACCAAUUGUUUUCGAAUAAAAAGUUAGCAUUGAUUGUUUCUCAAGAUUUACUUGAAGGAUUACUAUCAGAAUUAACAUUUCAAUUGUCGAAUUCAAAUCUUCAGAAGCAAGGAACAGGACAACAUUUAUUAAAGGCGCUCAGAAUUUCCAUAAAUAAAGUACUUUUAAAUUGUAAUCGGAAUUUAAUUUACGGUGCUUUACUAUCCGUCCUUAAUGUAUCAUUUGCAAAAUUGCGAGAAAUGGAUGAUCCUACCACCACUAUAAAAUUCAUCGAAUUCAUAAUGAAGUAUUUACAGCACUUGUCAAACUUUGUACAUAAAAAUAUAAAAUCUGGUAAACUUCGUCCCAAUAAAUUGUUGAGAGAUCUCAAUGAAUUUUUACUUUCUGCACCACCUUCUGAAUGGGAAAAUCAAGUCAAAGAAAGAAUGCCAUUGGGCGAAGAGCCUUUUAAUAUCAUACAAAUUUUAUUAAAAAAACUAAUUGAAGAACUUGGAGAAAGUAUAUAUGACCAUUUAGAUCUCAUUCCAGAUUCCCAAAGAAGUAAUGUAUACUUAUAUAUGAAAACGGAAGUGUGCAAAGGAAAAAAAAAACAAACAACUAAUAACAAUGUAAUUGAUAAUAUUGUAUUUAGGGUUGGUCAAUAUUCACAAGUAGUCCAUUGCAUAUAA